CUGGGUCUUGGGGAUUCUGGUUUGCUUUGGCUCACUCGCUUUCACAAACUGCCGGAUCUUACAUGCCUCUGUGCCCCCCCACUUCCACUUCAUGUCCCCAUGCUCCUGCGCCAGCAACAGGUCACGUCCUCCCCUGGAUGUCAGCUGAGUUACUGAGGUGGCUCUGCAUGUCCGGAGACAGACGUUGGUAGAAGCCCCGGCUCCUGGAGGCCCGCCGUCUCUCCUUCUUCUUUGGCGUGUGUGUCCUCACCGAGCAUUCAAAACUGUUUCUCCAAAGGGUCUUGCAAAAACUCAGACUGUUUUCCAAAGCCGAAGCACUGGCGUCCACAGCAGGAGCGAUGGGCAGUGUGCGGACCAACCGCUACAGCAUCGUCUCUUCCGAAGAGGACGGGAUGAAGUUGGCCACCAUGGCGGUUGCCAACGGCUUUGGGAACGGGAAGAGUAAGGUCCACACCCGACAGCAGUGCAGGAGCCGCUUCGUGAAGAAGGACGGCCACUGCAACGUCCAGUUCAUCAACGUGGGGGAGAAGGGACAGCGGUACCUCGCAGACAUCUUUACCACAUGCGUGGACAUUCGCUGGCGGUGGAUGCUGGUCAUCUUCUGCCUGGCGUUCGUGCUCUCCUGGCUGUUCUUUGGCUGUGUGUUUUGGUUGAUAGCUCUGCUCCAUGGCGAUCUGGAUGCAUCUAAAGAGAGCAAGGCUUGCGUGUCCGAGGUCAACAGCUUCACGGCGGCCUUCCUCUUCUCCAUCGAGACCCAGACGACCAUAGGCUACGGCUUCCGCUGUGUCACAGACGAAUGCCCAGUUGCCGUGUUCAUGGUGGUCUUCCAGUCCAUCGUGGGCUGCAUCAUCGAUGCCUUCAUCAUCGGCGCGGUCAUGGCGAAGAUGGCCAAGCCAAAGAAGAGGAACGAGACUCUGGUCUUCAGUCACAACGCUGUGAUCGCCAUGAGAGAUGGCAAGCUGUGUUUGAUGUGGCGGGUGGGCAACCUUCGGAAGAGCCACUUGGUGGAGGCCCACGUGAGGGCCCAGCUGCUCAAAUCCCGAAUCACUUCCGAGGGGGAGUACAUCCCCCUGGAUCAAAUAGAUAUCAACGUUGGGUUCGACAGCGGGAUUGACCGGAUAUUUCUGGUGUCCCCCAUCACCAUAGUCCACGAGAUAGAUGAAGACAGUCCUUUAUAUGACUUGAGCAAACAGGACAUCGACAAUGCAGACUUUGAAAUCGUUGUCAUACUGGAGGGCAUGGUGGAGGCCACGGCCAUGACCACCCAGUGCCGUAGCUCCUAUCUGGCGAAUGAGAUCCUCUGGGGCCACCGCUACGAGCCUGUCCUCUUCGAGGAGAAGCACUACUACAAAGUGGACUACUCAAGGUUCCACAAGACCUACGAAGUGCCCAACACGCCCCUCUGUAGUGCCAGAGACUUAGCCGAAAAGAAAUACAUCCUCUCAAAUGCUAACUCCUUUUGCUACGAAAACGAAGUUGCCCUCACAAGCAAAGAGGAAGAUGACAGUGAAAAUGGAGUUCCAGAAAGCACGAGUACGGACACGCCCCCUGACCUAGACCUUCACAACCAGGCAAGCGUACCUCUAGAGCCCAGGCCCUUAAGGCGAGAGUCGGAGAUCUGA